AUGUGCGUGAUUUGGCUGCCUGCCCGCCUGCGCGCGCCGACCGCCUCGCCAACGCCUACGCCCCGGGCCCCGUUGCCAUCCGACCCCGAAAUUGAGGUAAGGGAUGAGAAUCUGCUCAUCGACGCCGAGCGCCAACUCCCCUCCCUCCCAUUCACCUACUGGCUCAAGCAUCGCUACGAGGAGAACAAAUUUUAUAAGUCAAAUGACUGCGCGCCUUUCCCCUCAGUGUUCGACCUCGAGUAUUCCGACAUGUACUGGCAAACGCUGCGCACGAGUCAGGGCGUGUUUCAUUUUUACGGCGCCUAUCUUGAUGUUCGAAACGCUUCUCACACCGGCCCCACCGUGCGGCUGCUGGCCUUGCACGACCGCAUCCAGCCGACGCUGGUCACGUACUGCCAGCUCUGGUUCGAAGAACGAUCCAGCCCUGUGUUGGUGCUCAUACUCGAGUACGUGUACAUGUGGCCCAGAGUGUGGGGAAACUACCGCGACGGCGUCCUGCUGCCGUACCUUAUAGCUUGCGUGCUGCCGGCCGACGUGCGCGCGCUGCGGCCAGCCGCCGUGUCGCUGGUGGAGCAACCGUGCGACCGCGCCACCAACUGCCUGCGCGUGCACUUCGACGAGCCACCCGACCGUACUCAAAAGGAGUUCGCCGUCUGUGUCAAGGGGCUCGACUUCCUGCACGAGGACCUAUCCGUGCGCCUCGUUGAGUGGAUAGAGCUCUUGCGGUUGCUUGGUGCCGACAAAGUAUUCUUCUACGAAUUUCAAGUCCACCCCAACAUCAGCAAAGUUCUAGCGUACUACCGCGCGCGGGGUAUAGUGGAGAGCUCGCCGAUCACACUGCCGGGCGGGCGGCCCAACUUUCCGGGCCUGCAGCACGUGUAUAUGAAGAAGAGAGUGACGCACAAGCGGCAGAUGGAAUUAGUGCCGUACAACGACUGCCUGUACCGGCACAUGUACCAGUACCGCUGGCUUACGUUGUUUGAUAUCGAUGAAGUUAUCGUGCCGAUGCAAGACCCCGAUUGGAAGUCGCUGCUAAAGCGCGUGACGUCACUAUCCGCGCCGGUGUCAGGAAAACCGCCUUGCUCUUCCUACUUAGCGCGAAAUGUAUAUUACCUAGACGAGCAGAAGCCCACGCCUCACUGGGCGCCGGGCGCGCCGCACUACAUGUACAUGCUGCACCACGUCCACCGCACGCGCAACUUCACCAAACCCGACUCGAACAUCAAGGCUUUCCACGAGACGGGGCGCGUUCUAGCACUGCACAACCACUUCCCGGUAUCGUGUAUCGGCGGGCAGUGCUCGGCGUACCCGAUGGGAACUACACAGGCGCGCCUGCACCACUACCGCGCCAACUGCGCACGUGAGCUGAGCAAGGAAGUGCGCGCCGAGCCAGUGCGCGACGCCGCUCUGUGGCGGUGGGCUGACCGACUUAUCCCUCGCGUCACGCAAGCUCUCACCGAGUUAGGGCUGUUACUCCCCGAGCCCCCCGCUAGCAAGACCUCGUCUACUCAUACGCCGACUAAAUCUAGUCACCAGCGUAAUGGAACAAGAAGAAGAGAGAGAGAGAACGAAGAGAUAGUUUAG